AUGAAAACAAAUCAACAACGAAGGAAGCCUUCGAUUUUCUACGAUACAAUUUUUUUAUUAUCGGAUGGCUAUUUUUUUAUUGAUCAAGUGCUUCCGUUCUUCUGCUUUGCAGAUUUUGAAAAUUUAUUUCUCACGUGUAGGGAGGUGGCACGAUUGGUGAGCAAACAGCACCAUGUUCGGUAUUUGGUUAGAGUUAAUGAACAGGCAUUUAAGUGUCAUCAACGAUGGAGUGAUUUUAAUAAUCAUCAUCAAUAUAGGAAAAGGGAAUUUCCAUCGUUGUUGCAUUUUGCGGAUGGGAUAAAGAUUUAUCUGGAAGUAGUUGGAGGAUUAGUGGAUAAAGUUAUUGAAUAUUGUGGAAAGAGUAACAAGUCAUUGAGUAUUUGUUAUAGAAACAACUAUUAUUCGAACCAUGCCGAGUUGAUGAAAAAGCUUGAUAGCCCAUCAUUCAAUAGGGUUAAUACUUUUGGAUUGUUACAGGCUGAUAUCGAUAGUUAUGAACCAUUCUUAAAAUUGUUUGCAGGGAAGAAUGUGAAGAAGAUUGAACUUUCAGCAGGAUAUUUCAGGAAUGAUUUCAUUUCUAUCACAAAACCAAUUCUUGAAAAGAUUAAUUUUGGAGAGGUGCAUUUUUCCAUUUCCGGCUUUUAUUACUCUAUCGCUAGUUUGGCUGAAACCUUAUCUAAAAUGGAUGUGAAUGAUAGAAAUAAGAUUAGGAUUACAAUAGGCAAUGGUUGUACUAUUACUGGAAGUGAUUAUAGUUCCCUGAAGAACUUGGCGAAUUUAUUUCAAUUUCAAACAAUCACUAUUUCAGACCCACCUCUAGUAUCUCAUCUUGUUGAUUGUAAUUUUAGUUUGUUUGCGAAUUCUUAUAAUGUAGAGGCAAAAUCACUUACAAAUAUUGAAGAUGUUGCUUUUCCCAAAUUCUCAAACAACAAACCACCUAGUUUUGAAAUGAAGUAUAUUGAAUUAUCACUCACACCUACGAAUGUUAAUAACUUUCAUGUAUUGCACACAACAAAAUAUUUAACCUUAUUAACCAUGAAUAAUUGCUCUAUUGAGUUUUCUAAUAUAGAAAAACUAGAGUUGAAUCUACUUCAAUCUUUGAAAUUGAAUAAGUGCUCAUUUAUGAAAAAUGGCAUAGAAUCUAAUAUUGAAUUUAUUGAAUGGAUAGAUACGGAAAGGCUUAUAAAUUUAACAUGUGAAUUCCUCAAGUUGAAAAAGAUUCCUAAUAUCAAGUCAAAAGCACUUCACAAUUUGAAAAUUAGCAAUAAUGAAAUCGAAACUAUUGACCUGGAAACUUUGAAUAGUCAUAAAUAUUUGGCCUAUCUGGAUUUGAGACACAACAAAUUGAGUGAUCCAGAUAAUAUUAACAUGAUUGUUGGAAAAUAUAGUCAAUUGGAUUUGGAAGGUAAUCCAGCUUUAAAUAAUGUGAUGAUUGACAAGAAGAAAUUAGAGGUUAUUACUGAUUUCAAAUACAAUACCAAUAGAGGAAGUAAGGUUAUCACAAGACCUCUAUUUUCAGGAACAGACACGGAGAUUUUCAAAUCAUUCAAAUCAGCUCUGAAAAGAAACAAGAACACUUUGCCUCCAUUCAACAGCAAGGAGGACCUGAUACAAGUAAUAGAAAAUCCAAAAAAGCUCACUAGCAUUGAAAAUACGAAUGUAAUAUUCUGGAACAAUAAUUAUAGCAACAACCAGAAAUCAUUUUCUUGUGAUGGAAAUUUAACUCGUGUUGGAAAAAUUUCUUCACACUUUUGUCAGAUUGCAAUUCAUCUCAAUUCAAAAUUACAACAUCAAUAUGGUAUGAAGUGGCUGCUAUUUGGAUUUAAUGAAUUCAACGUAGAGCCAUUGGAUAAUGAAAAAGUAAUGUCUCAACUUUCGUAUAUUGUUCAUGAGUGGUCCUUCAUGUCUUCACACAUUGAAUUUGUUCGGGAAUUGAGAAGAACAUAUCCAUAG